UUAUGUGUAGGUGUGUAAAAGUAACUAAUCCAAUUAGCAGUUUUAUUUUGCAGUACGAGUCACUGAGCUGAUAAUCUCUUGAGGCUCUACUAAUGCCCUUUAGUUGUUGUCUCUCUCUCUCUCUCUCUCUCUCUCUUCUCGAGUAUUUACCCACCUCUAGCUCUUGUUUAUUUAUGAAUGGGGAAUGAACAGAACUGUUUCCUCUUUUCUCCCUCCUUUUAUUUGAGGAAGAACCAUUGAUUCUCUGUCUUCGUAUAGUGUCUUUCUGUGUUCCCUCUUCAAAGCCGUCCUCCUGCUGUCCUCAUCCAGUUACUCUGGCUCGGCUUGUUUGUUGUCUGGGGUAACACUGUUGCUGGGGACGAUGUCAGAACACAUUCAGCUCUCAAUAGCCUUGUGUAGGAUUGGCUUUUACACGUGUCUCCAGAAGUUGUGCUGUAAGGCCCCUCCUCCACCUAGACCGGAGUAUGAUGUCGUCUGCAUUGGACUGAGCGGUGCCGGCAAGACCAGUCUGCUAUCUCGCUUGUGCAAUGAGAUCAGUGAUGGCACGGUACCAACCACAGGUUUCAGCAUCAAGGCAGUGCCAUUCGAAAAUGCGAUACUGAAUGUGAAGGAACUAGGAGGAGCUGAGACCAUCAAGAAAUACUGGAGCCGAUAUUAUCAAGGUUCCCAAGGUGUGGUGUUUGUCCUCAACAGUGCCGCAUCAGACGAAGAGAUGGAGGCGUCCCGGUCUGAGCUUCUCUUGGCCAUGCAGCAUCCUCAGCUGUGCACUCUUCCUUUCCUCAUUCUCGCCAACCACCAGGAUUCACCAGCUGCCCGCUCUGUAUCAGAGAUUCAGAAGUACUUUGAAUUGCAGCCGCUGGCCCGAGGGAAGCGAUGGAUUCUUUCAGGCAGCACAACGAACAACAUGGAGGCCGUGAAGGAAAGUUUUAGUCAACUCAUCAGCCUUUUGGAAGAGAAGGAGGUGCUACCUAGCAGGAUAUGAUUCAAUCAAACUUCAAAGUGGAAAGUGGGUUUGAAGUGUUGUUUGCUAGGAGGAUUUUUUUUCUUUGUCGUUGUUUUAUAACCCACUGGAGACAUAGAUGCAAAUUGCCAUAUGUUUUGAUGAGCUGACUGACAUAUUUGUUACCCUCAGGUCAAGGGCCACACAUAUGCUGAUUUAGAAGCAGGUGAACCAAAGUCCUUUAAAGAGAUCAGAUUUUUACCAUUAUUUGUAAAUGUAAUAAGCUAUUUGAUAACCUAUUUGUUGUUUAUUAGUUGAUUGUCAUGUGGUGUGAGUGUGGAAUUUAUGUAAAUAAUAUAUUGUACAUGCAUAUAUAAAUACAAUAUUUGUAUGAACUAAUCCAUAUUUCUUAUAAUGGCUCAGAAUCUAAAUAAGGGUCUUUGUCGAAGAUGAUUAUAUUAUAUUGUUUUUGUUUUUUGUUUUGUUUUGUUUUAUUUAGCAAAUCUAGUGUCCAUUGCACUCAUUAUUCUUUCUUCGUUUUAAGAGAAUGUUACAAUGUUUUUCUAGACUAUAUGUUGAGUUUCUUAAUACUGGUUAUGGGUACUACUACUUAUGUUUCUUUUUGUCAGAUUUCGAUCAUCUCCAGAUGAUGUUGUUAAUUUUGUUGUUUGAAAAGACCACACACCCCAUUUACUUGGCACUGGCCAAGCUGUUUUCAGGUUUGAGCUGGAAUACAAACUCUAUCAAUCAGUGUCGGCAACAGCUGCAUUUGACAAGUCCCUGUCCGCCGGGCUUAAGCCCUCCAACUGUCUGUGGAGACUCCUCCCCGUCUGCCACCUCACUCCUCGCCCAGCCACGCUCUGCGGCCUCACCCGCUGCUUCCUGCUGGUGUUAUCCAAAUUCCUCUCCACAAAUUUAGAUUCCUGACUGCGCACCUCUCUGAUGUGUUAUUUUGUCUCAUGGGAGUCUCCGAGUAGUUUAGGACUUCAGUAUUUAUAGUGUUAACAAGGUUGUACAUGUUUUGUAUGCCACUCAAUGUCUUAUUUUUUGCAACAACAAAAACAACAUAUUUGUACCGCCUUUAAUUUGAUUUGAGGCCAUGUACCAGUUAGAUGUUUCAUAAGAUCCUUAGCAAGUCCUCAGGGUAGCACUUUACUACAGUUACAUUUUAAGCAUUUAGCAGAUGCCUAUAAUAUAAGGUUUAACUCACUAACAUUAGUCAAUACAUCAGGUAUCACAAACUACAUAUUGGAUAGUUUUUAAAGCAUUUAUUAAUUUAGGUGAAUGUCAAUUUUUACAGAUAAUAUUUGAAAUGUUUGUUUGUAAUAAAUUAACUUGUUAAUUGUUAAAAAUUGUGAAUUGUUAAAUGUUAAAAAUGUAUU